UCCUGUUUCUUGGAAGCAGUAUGUCUGCCAGGGGGCCAGUGUUUAUUUAACUGGCGUUAGCUCUGCACACAGAGCGCAUCUCCCUGUGCUAUCCUGCAUCUGGCAGAGCAAGUGAGGCUGCUGCUGCUGCUGCUGCUGGGAAUGGACAGGGGCAAAGCAGGGGUUCAGCACACCACGUUGGAGAAGGCGUCUAGGAUGGCAAAAAUUAAUCAGAUGGGACCAGGAGGGAAAGGGAGAUGGGUCAAGGAACACUCAGCCUUUCAUCACUUGCUGUAGAUGGAUGGUUUCCCGGGCAGGCAUCUGGGAGCCCGGCUCGCUAUAGGGAGACGUCAGUGCUCUCAGGCCCCGGGUGGAAGAGCCCCCAGCCCCUCCCGCGCAGGCUUCCUUUAUAUAAAGUCUGGGCCUCGUGGAGUCUGCAGCAGCGGCGCUCGCUCGAAGCGGCGGUAGCAGAGCUCCUUGGAGCCGUCCUCCUGUCGCUGCUCCGCCGGGACAGCGCACGGUCAGCCUAGCCCAGAGCUCCGAGGGCUUCCCGCCGCCGGGACCAUGCGAGGCUCCGAGCUCCCGCUCUUGCUAUUGGCACUGGUCCUCUGCCAGGCGCCCCGGGGGCCAGCUGCCCCAGUGUCGGCAGGUACAAGCGGAAGCACGGUCCUGGCCAAGAUGUACCCGCGCGGCAGCCACUGGGCUGUGGGACACUUAAUGGGGAAAAAGAGCACGGAUGAUUCCCAGUCCUUUUAUGGGUCUGACAGAGAUGGCCUGAAGGAGCAGCUGAGCGGAUACGUGCGCUGGGAAGAAGCUGCACGGAAUUUGCUGGGCCUCCUGGAAGCCUUGGGUGACAGAAGCCCUCAGCCACCUCAGCACCCGCCUCGGGGCGAUCUCCGGCCUGCUUGGGAUCCCGAGGAUGGCAGCUACUUUAAUGAUGCUCAAAAUAGAAAGUCUAUCCAGGACCCUACCUCAUAUUGAUGCCACCCACACUCAGGCUGGUGGACUCUCUGCUCCAGGUUCUCCAGGGGAAGGAAGAAACUGCCAGCUGAAGGGACAAUGACAAGGACAGCUUUCAAGGAGCAAAACGAAACCCUUCAGAGACUGCAUUCUGCCAACAUCAAUUCUACUGGACCAUCAACAAGAUUUUCUUUUUGCAAUUUACUUUACUAUUCUUGUCUCUUUCAACCGUGACUAAAUUCAUGAUUUUCAAGCAGCAUCUUCCGGUUUGAACUUGUUUCUGUGAGCAACUACCUAGAAAGAGCUUUCCAAUGAAUGCUUUCUCCAGCUAGGCUUCUUGUUGAUUGGAUUCAGGGCUCCAAUCUGCUACAAUUCACAAUAAAUGCUUAUUUAAUCACA